UAUAAUUGGACGUGAGAUUUGGAGCUGCGAUAGCGAAACUCGGCCCAUCGCCGCUCCGACGGGCUCCCAUGAUUUAUUCAGCAGUGGAUCGGGGCACGCAAUCGGGCUGUCAGGAGAGCGUCAGCUUAUUAGGCAAGUUCUGCGUGAUUCCAGGAGAGGGUCUAAGCUAUAAAAAUCCCGCUCCCCGGCUCUGAUUAGGACCAAAUCUGAUCCCAAGUUCUCCAGGAGCCGGCUCUGAGGGAGAGCGAGAGGAAGAGACGCCGGGCACCGCCGAGCCCCGCCGCCGCCUGCCCUGCCCUGCCCUGCCGCCGCCGCCCCAGGUUUGAGCCCCGACCAUGAAGAUCCCGCUGCUCGUCUCCACGGGAAUCCUGCUGGUCGCCCUCCUGCCCUGCCAGGAGUGCAGAGCUCUCAGCAAGAGCCCGAUAGCCCCCCACGGGGCUCUGCACCAGCCAGAUUUCUUCCAGCAGCAGCAGCAGCAGCAAACUCUGCCCGUCCUGCUCCGCAUGGGAGAAGAGUAUUUCCUGCGCCUGGGCAACCUCAACAAGAGACCCGUUGGCUCUUUUUCCGCCUCUUCCAGCAGCACCAGCCACCUACAGCCAGAAGCCUCCGCCAGCAACUUUUUCCGGGAGGCGGUGCAAGAGCUGCAGCAGCUGCCCGAGCGCUCGCUGGGGAGCCCCGAGGAGGGCGAAGGCGAGGGGGAGGCAGUGGAGAGGGAGAAGCGUUCCGAGGAGCCCCCUAUUUCUCUGGAUCUGACUUUCCACCUCCUGCGAGAAGUCUUGGAGAUGGCCCGAGCCGAGCAGCUAGCGCAGCAAGCUCACAGCAACAGGAAACUGAUGGAGAUAAUCGGGAAAUGAAACGGCCCCUCCCCGCCUUGCCAAAGAGAUUCCGCAGUUAGCACAAGAAUAAUUACACCGUCCGAUGUACCAUAGUGCUGCUCUGAUGUCAUCUCUUUAUUUUUAUAUAGCUUUAAACCUAGAAGGGUGUACUCCGAACAGCCUCUGUCCCUUGACUAGCAUGCACAACCGUGUACCAAGUGCAGAAACACGAGUCUCGUUCGUAACCUCCCCUACCUUUAUUUAUUUAUCCAUUUCCCAGUUAUUCUAGUGCCAUCGCUACGUAGGGAUGUGUGGGCAUUGGAAGAAAUGGUGUCAAGAAGACAGAUAACUUUUCUGCUGGGGGCAGGGAGGUGGGAGGGGGAAUCUCUGUGAGCUACUCUAAAUACACUUUUUUUCCUGUAAACAUUUUCACAAUAAAACAUCUUUUCAGCGCUCGGUCGAUUUUGUUGUGUAAGAGAAUGUUUAAUAUUUAUAUUUUUAAUAAAAGCUGCAAACUAA